GCGAUACGAUCCGCGCUGAUCUGGCAACCCUUAGUAACCAGACAAUAGCCGCCUUAGAUACCGGCCUAUUGUCUGCGAAGUGAGCAAAGCGACGGCUAAUCCACGCGAAGUGAUUCUCAAAACGUGUUACCUUGUUUGGGAUAGUAUUUCACGGGCACACGAAUAUAUGUGAAGGCAGCUCGCCAUCAUGAGUGCUGUUAUCUACCCUCCUGCGCCGCUGUCACGGCAACAGGAGAAGGCAGAGCUUGCUGAACUAAAUGACCGGAUGCAAAAUUACCUAGGAAAAGUGAAGAAGAUUCGUGAACAAGCAAAUAAGGUUGAUUCAUCAGCGUUACUGAACUCAAUCAGAGUUUUAGAAGAUGAGGUCGCUUCACUAAAGAACAUGUAUGACAUGGAACUAAACACCCUGAGAAGACAGCUUGAAGAUACUACUACAUUGAAGAAUAAUGCUGAGACACAGGCUCAUAGGAAUGGUGUUCUAGCUACCGAUCUACAGGAUAGGUUGUCAGUUGAGAACCAUCGGAACAAGGCUCUCGACGGUGAGAUCGACAAUCUCCAGCGUCUUUGUGCUCAGAGGGACAUGGACUUCCAACAGGCCAAAGGAAAGGCAGAGGAACUGGGACGAAGAGUGAGAGAUUUAGAAGAUGAUCUGGGAGCAUCGCAACGAAAAUGUGAAGACACUCAAAGAGGCUUGGACCGAGAGAUGGUAGCGAGACAGGAGGCUCAGGAUGCCAGGAACAACCUUCUGAAGAAACUUGACUUUCAAGAACAACUACAUAAAGAACAAACUAAUGAAUGGCGGAACAGACUAGAAGAUGAAGCCAAUAGAAUACUCCAAUUAGAAGGUAAAGUGAGGGAGCUCAGUCGUCCUGAUAACACACUUCAAGAGGUCUUGGCUAACGUGAGAGCAGCGGCCGCUGCAGAACUACAGAAAUAUAAAGAGCAAUCAGAAUCAACAUUUCAUAGAAAUAUUCAACAAUUGAAGAACAAGAUUGAUGCAGAUGCUACAGAGAUGGAAUAUAUGGGCAAUGAGAACAAGAGACUCGGAACAAAGAUUGAAGAACAACAGUGUGACCUCAACAGGCUGAACAAUCAGCUCACUGCAGCUGAGAACGCAAACCGUAAUCUACGUGAUACUGUGUCAAUAGAGCGCGAAAAAACAGCUGCUCACAUUCGCAAUCUGGAAGACAAACUACGAGAUAUGCAGGAGGCCCUUGUUGAGAAGAUGAGGGAGAUUACCAAGGCAACCGAUGCUAAGCAACCAAUGAGGGUGGAGCUUGAAGCUCUUAAAGGCAUGCUUUUGGAAGAGGAGAGAAAGUUAGCAAACAUCCCAGGACCAUUAAUACUCCCAGCCCGAACGGUCACACUCCCUAAUCCACCCCUUUACCAUCGGCCAGCCACUGUGGAUCCUUCAGCUUCUUAUGUUAGGAGUACCAGCCCUCGCAGCACUAGACCAGCCUCGGUACCAGUCCUAUCCACCAUGGGCCAGGGCAAGGACUACUUUGAUGCUAUGUUUGGUGAUCUAACCCAGAGAAAGACCAUUGGUCCUAUCAUCAAGGCUAGAACUGGUCCACCUAGUCCAACACCAGUCUCACAUGACUACACCACUGCAACAUCAAGUGCAACAAGCUCCUUGAAAAUCUUAGAGAUCAAUGAAGAUGGCAAGUUUGUGCGUCUCUUCAACGCUUCAGGCAACGAGGAGGUUGAGGUCGGUGGUUUCCUCAUCCAGCAGAAUAUUGGUGGCCAUCCUGUCGCUGUGUUUCGCUUCCCUCCGAGGACACGCUUUAGACCAGGAUCUGUCAUUACGGUCUGGUCAGCAUCUAGUCUAGCCCAUCACAACCCACCUACAGACUUUCUUUGGAAGGAGCAGCAUAAAUGGGGAACAGGACCAGAAUGUACAACCAUUCUUUGUAAACCUAACGGACAGGCUAUUGCAUGGACGACUGCUGCUCACCGUUUUACAAAGACGGCAAGGUCGUUUGAUGGUGAUACAGAUAGCUCGGCAGGUCAUGACAUCCUGGAUCAGGAGUACGAGGGCGGAGCUUCUAACCCUCAUCCUGAGCUUGAAGUGGAGAUUGACGGCAGGCCUGCCACCGUCCUAAAAAGGGAGAAGCAAGACCCUCCUUCACUGUCCCCAGCCAAGCAUCCCCAUGGUAACUACAGUGGAGAAUCAACGCACCCUUCUACUGGUCAGCCUAGGGUACUGACCAACGGCAAUGAUAAUAGCAGCACUUGCAGACAGACCAGGUCCCAGAACUCUAAACCAGUUCCAGACCCUGUUCCUGGAGAACUGUAUGCAGGUUCCGGGGCACCAGGUAGCCGAAUGGGAUCUGCAGCACUAAGGAAGUCUGCCCCGUCAUCUGCAGGAAGUUCAAGGGGUGGUGGCAGCAUUCGCUAUAGCGCACAACCAAGCCCGUUCAUGUCACCCCACCAACAGCACCACGCCCAACUCAGUCAAUUAGACGGAGGACAGAAGGUUAGCUUCAAGCCCCCGAUGCCACGCCCACCUGUUAUAUCGUCAUGGUGAGAUGUAGGCCACUCCCUCCAUUUAAAUAACCACACCCGACUGUGUGAAAUAUCAAGAUUAAAGAGAGCUCCCAUCAUGUCAUUGUGUAUCUAAUGGCCACACCUCCCAUCAGCUGUUUGCCACACCCCUGUUUCCUCACCUCCAUAAGUUCAUGGUAGGCCACACCUAAUAUCAACUUUGCACCACUCCCAUUGUUUUCUUGAAAUCGAAAUGUUAAAUAUAUAAGAUGUUACAGACCUCCCUGAGUUGUGUCAGUCCUACCUUCUAAAUUAUUUCAAAAGAUUAUAAGAUGUUGACCACACCCCUUAUCAGUUGUAUGCCAUGCCUAGGGUGAAUAUGAUAUUGCUCUCUUCUAAAACAAUUUGGAGUGAGCAAUCUUUCUGUCACACCCUACAGUGAUGUGUUCUAGUGCUCAAGAAACUUUUCAUAUAUAUUUAUAUCCAAAUCUUCUUGUAUCUUUUAACUCUGUUGAUAUGUACCAUCCAUUCUAUUCUGAAAUCUUUUUUUUUUCUUUGUAAAAUGUCUUUAAAUGUGUGCAAAAAUAUUCAUCUUAUUCCGUCCAGAACUUUGUUUUCUAUGAUCAAAUCAUAGUAUUUAAAGUAUCUACAUCAUGUCUAUGUUCUUAAGUAUUAAUUGAUUAAUGUAUUGCAGUAACAUAUUUGUUCUUGAUAUACCAAUCAUGAAAAUAUGUGAUUCUUAUUUUAUUUGUAAUUGUCUUUCAGCUGAAACUAUGCAAAUUGUAUUGUAUUGAUAAUUAUGCAAACUAACUCUUAAGUAUUAUUUGUUUAUGCAAAUCCUCUCCUAUUUCUUGAAUUAUUUAGUCUUAUCUGUUAUCGCAAGGCUUAUUUGUAAAUUUCAAAUAUUUUUAAUCCAAUAUUCAUGUAAUACAACAAAUGAUGUAUAAUAACAAAUUCUAGUUCUAUAUUUUGUAAAUAUUACUAAUUUUGAAUUCUUUGUGGUGGCAAUUAUGCUGCAUAUUGAUGUGGAAAAAUAAUAAUAUUUUAUCAUUUAUUUGUGAUAGUCGAUCACAUAUAUUAUUGUGCCAUGAUAACCUGUACAAAUAAUUUUGCUACAAAUUGAUAUAUGCAAAUCUGCCAAGUAUGCAAUUUCUUAUCCAUUUUUUUUCCUUUAUAAUUAUUGUGCCAUAAAAUGUAAAAAUAUUAUUUUAAAAGUCGGUUAGAAAAUAAUAACUGCAAAUCUUUCAUGAUCAGCUAAAGCAUAUUUUAUUUUGUGCCAUUACAUAAACAAAAUGUAAUUUGAAUAGUUUGUUACUGAAUUAUGUAGACGAAUCUGUAAAAGUAUAAAAAUAAUGUUCAAUAUCAGGGCCAGUGUUUCAGAGAGCUGUUUGUAUGUUCCGCACAAUUUUACAUACAACCGGUGACUUGGACACUGAGAUUCCCAUUCCAGGCCUGUAGCCAGGGUUUUCAAUUAGGGGGUAUGAUCUAUUCUCUUUUUCUCUUCUUUUCUUCCCAUUUUUCCUUGCUUUUGAAAGUUUUAAGGGGUGUUUGAUCACCCCCCCCCUGGCUUCCCUAUUGCAUUCCCAUCGUCUAAAAUUGUAAUCUGAUCUUUUACCAUUGGAAUUCUUGUUGUUGACAUGCAUAUAAAUGUAGUUUUUUGUUUGUUAAGCAGAACCUUUGUUGUAACACCAGUCUUGUACAUAUUUGUGUGUAAAUUACAAACAGCUUUGAAACGCCACCCUAAUGAUUAAAAACAUUUUUGCAAAAUUAUUGAAACAUGGCAGCUAUAUAUUUAUAAAACUUUGAACAAAUGUCUCAUAAUGCUGUACGAUUGUGCUAACACAUUAUUAUGAAAUACAUAUGUUGAAUAUGUAAGAUAACAAAUUAUUAUAUCAAAUUCUAUGCAUGGUUGUAGAUAUAGAACUGGAUGCAUUCACGGUGAAAGAAUUUGAAAUUGAUGGAUUUAUAUGUAGUUAGUAUUACAUCAGUAGGUUAAAUACAAACCUGUGUAAGAAACUAUCAUUUCUUAAUGUUGCUGCAAAAAAUGUAUAGUGGAUAUAUUUUCUUUAAUAUUUAAAAUGUUAGAUUUGUUUUGAGUGAAUAGAAAACCAGGAAUGCAUAUAUUUCACAUCAGUAAUCAGAAUAGAUCAGGAUUUCUGUUUUUAUUUCUUCAAAAAAUCAUGGAUAUUUCUGUCCAAUUUGAGAACCUUCCAAGUUUUUUCCACAAACACAAAUAUUUAAUAUUAAAAAAAUAGUGAGUUACACACUACACAUUAAUAUGAAUGAACAUUUUUUUUGCACAUUGUUUUUUUUUUAGCUUUUGUUAUAAGAAACCAGAUUGUCCUUUUUUUCUUUAAGAUGUUUUAUUAUCAUUUAUAGCACAUCUCAGCACUGAUUUAGAUUUUGAUGAUAGAUUAUGCAAAAUUAUGAAGAGUGUUUUUUUUUCUGAUAACCUAUAUGAAUUUUGAUGUUUUCAUUGUAUUUACAGUAUUGUAUUAAAAUAGAAUAUAUCGUGAAAUGAAUAUUUAUUUGUGGUUAUUCCGUGGUAUUGAUUUUUAAGCUUGCAGAAUAUCCUUCACCUUUGGAGGAAAUUUAAAGCUUUUAUGAAGAAGAUAGAGUAUGCAAAACUGAACUUCCUGGUGGAGUCUCUGAAUGCAUCAUUUUCUUUGUAAAUUGUGUGAUAUCAAUAUCCAAUGGGUCGUCCUGACUUAUGAACCCUUUCCUUGUGAAAUGAUGUUAUUAAUCUACCUAUAUGUGUAUGGAUAUUUCUGAAGAUAUAAAGAGAAAGUUUUUACUUUGAAAUAAAGCAGAAUUGAGAGGAUUUUAUAACAUAUGGGUAAACUGAUGACUUACAUCAAAUUGAAAAGGAAAUACUGUUCUGUCUUAUUUGUUCUAAAAAUGAAUAAUAAUUAUAAUCUCAACAGUGCUUUAAAAAUAAACUUGCUCGACUGAAGACAAUUAA